AUGUCAUCAACUAAGAAAAGAGUUGCCCAGGUUGCUGGCAUGCUCACAGACGCGAAGUCUCCUGAUCAGCUGCCCUGGGAUCCUGAUAUCACAAACCUCCCUCUUCGUAAGGAUCUGCCUAAGAUCCCCGGUGCUCCUGAGGGCGCCGCUUGGGUUUGGGGGAAAGAUGACUAUGUUGGUAGACUGAAUCUGCUUACACCAAAGCGAGUCAAGGCCGCCGCAGAAGAGAUCAAGACAGGCGAGAUUGUGCCUCUUGACCUUCCGUUGAACGUCCCAGAACAGCCUGGAUUUGGUCGUGAGAAAUUUGUCCACACCAUCAAGGCCCUGGUUCCAGGAAUCGCCUAUGACGAUAAAUACGAGCUCAACACUCAGAGCGGAACCCAGUGGGAUGGCUUUAGACAUUUUGCUCACAGAGCGUCUCAAACAUUUUAUAACGGGACCACGGGAGACGACAUCAUGGGCCCCAAUUCCAACCACAAAUGCAGCAUCCACCACUGGGCCAAUACCGGCAUCGCCGGGCGUGGCGUCCUCCUCGACUACCGCACCUACGCCAAAGCCAACGGUAUCAACUACGAUCCUUACACCUCGCACGCUAUCACUUUUGACGAGCUCAUGAAGUGCGGUAAGGCCCAGGGCAUCGACAUCCGCCCUGAGUCUCAGGGUGGAGAUAUCAAGGUCGGCGAUAUCCUCCUAGUCCGCUCAGGGUUUGUCGAGAGUUACUAUGAACGUACUCCGGAGGAACGCACGAAGCUAGCUUUGCGGGGGCAUGCCCCUGAAAAGUUAAAGGAGGGUGACAGGGAGCAGUCUGAGAAGGAGCAGUAUGCCGGGUUGGCGCAGGAAGAGGCCAUUAUCGACUGGCUGCAUGACUGCUACUUUGCUGCCGUCGCGGGAGACGCCCCGUCCUUCGAACGCUGGCCAACCCCAGUCUCAUACUUCUUGCAUGAGUAUAUCCUUGCGUUAUGGGGUAUGCCUUUAGGCGAGAUGUGGGAUCUGGAGCGUCUGGCAGGGAAAUGUCGCGAGAGGGGGAGGUGGUUCUUCUUUGUGACAAGUGCCCCUGCAAAUGUCCCUGCUGGCGUGAGUUCCCACCCCAACGCAACGGCAAUCUUCUAA